GCCAAUUCAUAACUUCUCUACGAGCCCUAAAACCAGUAAUCCGCCAUGGCAGCAGAAGAAGAGAAUACAUCAAGAACAUUUCUUCCAUUCGACAUCAUAGAAUGUAUUCUAUUAAAAUUACCAUCGAAAUCUCUUCUCCGAUUCAAAACAGUUUCGAAAUCAUGGCGUAGCACAAUCUCCGAUCCUAAUUUCGCGAAGAUCCACCCCCAAUUCCCGAACCCGCCGAAUCUCUUUCUCCUCAAGAGAUCGAUUGACCAAGGGUUUUAUCUGGUUAAACUGCACGGUAAAGAAGUACGGGAAGAAGCAGUUUUGGAAAGCCCCAACGGAUGGAACAACGCGUUGUGCUGUUGUAACGGCGUUUUGCUCUUAACGUCGACGUAUUGGGUGCACUGGUGGAGCAGGGAAUAUUUCCUGUGGAAUCCGUCAACUCGAAAGACGGCGCGUUUCUCCUUCCCGCCUGAUUUCGUCUACAGCGGUUCGAUUAAUUUCGGAAUCUGUUACGAACGCACAACAAACGAUUUCAAGGUUGUGAUUACUUGUAAAGAGAUGUACGCCGUUUUUUCGUGCAAGAGCAAUUCGUGGACCGAGAAGUUAGGUUUUCCGUACCACGGCAGCGUUCCGGGAAUUUCCGUCGACGGAUCUGUUUAUUGGGUGUUGCGCGACGAGAGGAAAACGAAACAAGUUGUGCGUUUCGACUCGAAAACCGACGAACUCGAGACUUUGCGGAAGCCCGAACAAGUAAACGACGACGACCUAUUUCAAUUAGCUUGUUUGAAAGGCGGCCUUUGUUUCUACUGCAAAAUCGGAGACGGGACGGCGGUUCGGAUAUGGAUAAAGGAGAAGGGCGUUUUCGAGAAUUGUUGGAAGGAGUUGAUAACCGUCGAGGGUUUGGAGAAUAUUCAUAUUCGUUCGAUCGAGCCAGUGUGCUUUGUGGAAAAUAAGGUUGUACUUCGAUUGGAAGGUACAAGAAUCGUCUGCUACGACCCUUGUGAGAAGACGUUUGAAGAAUUUGAAGACAACGAUUUAUUCAACUUUGAGUUGUACCCGAUUCUGGAUAGUCUGUUCUUCCCUGUUAUGAAGACGAAUAACAAGAGGAAGCGAGAGUUAUCUGUCCGGUUUUGAUAAUAGGCUGAGAUAUGGUAGUCGAUAAACGAGACACUCGUUUUCUUAUGCUAUAUUUUAAGAGAGUGUAACUAUAAUCUAUACUAGCCCAAUGCUAGAGG